AGCAGAUUUAUUUCGGUACACUCGUUAAUCGUAUUUACCGUUCACCAGUAACGAUAUUUACCGUGCUUCAGUAACUUUUGACAGUUUGUGAGCUGAGCUCGGUAACUCAUUUACAGAAUAUCCGCAAAAUAAAUAACCGAGCGUACCGAGUUAAAUCUGCUGUUGAGAACUCAGUAAAAAGAUGGGGAAAAUACCGAGCUGAUCUUAGUGUGUAAAUUAAGGAUUUAGAGGAACGCCAGAAAUCAUGGAGAGCUCCUCGUGUUAUAUGUGUGGUCAGCAAUCUGAGAAGCUCUUCUUUAUAUCAGAGCCAGGAAGAAGCGAACCAGAGCUCAGCAUCAGUUGCAUUAUCUGUCAGCAUUUUUGGUUUCAGGAAGAUGCCCUACAAACUGCCAACAUCUGUGAGCCUUGUUGGAACAAGGUUGACCAGUUCCAUCGCUUCUAUGAGGACGUUAGGAAACAUCAUGAGCAGUUUUCGGAACCAAACUCGAUUUUCAUCAAGCAGGAAGAGACUGAGUUCGAAGUGGAGAUCGAAAAAACGAACGUCGAGACAGAAGUCCUGUUCGAUGAGGAAACUAAAGUCGACAUUACAGAGGAAUGCAACCAACUGGCGAUCGAGGCUGAUCAGGUCGUUGAGAAACCAACUGGAAGCAAGAUCGCUCGGAAUCGAAAGUUGUCCUCAGCUCCGAAGAAACCAUUAAAGGGUAGAUCAUCACAUGGUCAGGUUGUUGAGACAUUAUCUAAAAAGGAGAUACAACAAAACCAAAUAAUGUUAUCAGCCAAAAAGAAACAGAUGGAGGAUAGUUUCAUCCAACAACAUUUGCCCUACAAUUGCGUCGAAUGUUCUACGAAAUUCGAAUCUUUCGUUUCGAUACGUCGCCAUAUGGCCGAUCUCCAUGCCAGGACAUACAUCAUAUGCUGUGGUGUCCAGUAUAGUAACCGAAAUAUGUUGUAUCAGCAUGUUCAGGCUGUGCUCAACCCGGAAGCAUUCAAGUGCGAGCUUUGCGAUAAAUCGUACACUUUACACAUAGGAUACAUUCGUCAUAAGGAACGAUGCCACCCGGACGAGAGUCCAUUUCCGUGUGAUAAAUGCUGGAAACGUUUCCCUUCGCAAUUCUUGCUUGAUCGUCACAUUGCAGGCCACAGAAAGGUGAAAGAGAAACCCACAUGCGAAAUCUGUGGCAAAUGCUUCAAAAGUAAAGAGACACUGAAGGACCAUAUGAAUUCAAUUCACGAGAAGAAGGCCGUCUACGUGUGUGAGAUUUGCUCGGCACCAUUUGCCAGACAGUGGAUGUUCAAGGAGCAUCAGAUGACUCAUGAAUACACCGCUGAAGAGCUGAAGAGACAAUGUACCAUUUGCAAAAGGUGGCUGAAGAAUGAGCGAUUGUGGAAGAAACAUAUGAGCCGCCACAAAGGCGAGGGAGCGCACAAAUGCGACCACUGCGAUCUCGUUUCGAUCAAUUCGAACGCGCUGAAGCUGCACAUUGAACGACGACAUAGGAAAAAUCAGAAGUAUGUCUGCGAUCUGUGCGGUAAAGUGUAUACCCGUGCAGUUACUUUGAAUGAACACGUUGCCAAUGCCCACACGGGAACACCGUUGUACCAGUGUCAGUUCUGCGACAGGAAGUUCUUCUCGAACGCCAGCAUGUAUGCGCACCGAAAGAAGGCCCACCCGAAGGAAUGGCAGGAAUGGAAAACAGCCAGAUACGGUAUCGAGCAAGCAACUGAUGAAAAGGAUGAGGGUUUGAUAUA